AUGAAAGCAAACAACGUAGCUUGCAAGACUGGGCGCUUGAAACGGCCGCGGAAGAGGAAGCGUUUGGCGAAGCGGCAGUUUGCGCAAGCAAACGAGUUGCGCCAGCGUGUUGCGCAGCUGGACACGUGUAGUUUUGGUCGGCGGGGUCGAGCAUCGUAUGCAUUGCGCACAGAAACCAAGGUGCAGCGUCUCUGUAACAUCGCCAACAUAUCCGGCCGAGUCAAUGCUGCAAUAUAUCUGCUUGGACAAACUUGUAUGCCGAAGCAGUCCCAGGUCCACAUGCAGACGACUGGCGGCACAGGCGAUCAUUUGCUGCAACUACAAACAGACGGGCCGUAUAGCUUGGAGUUGCAAAGAGAGCCGCAGCCUUACGUGCAGGGAAGGAGUGGAGGUGGUCUUGGCGACCACACGUGGCAGGUUUUAGUUGCACACCUACGGGGGAUAGAGAUGAGCUGCUGGGUAUUCCCAUGGUGCAUAGGGCUUUGGUGGGAAAGGGAUUUGACCCCGGGUCUGCGCCUAACUAUCGGGGAAGACUUAACCCAGAACCUUAUGGGCUACCGAUGCAUAUCCGGUAGCUAA